ACAUUACUUCCCUUGAUAUAGCGUGCUAUGAAUGUGUGGCUACUUCUUCCAAAAGAGGGGAAGAGGCUCGAACCAGUUCUGCUUUGACUGUCAAACCUCUGCAAAGUGUAACGAAGAUGGAACCACCAAUGUUCAUUAGAGAAUUGCAGGAUAUCCAGUGCCAUGAUGGUGACAGUGUUGAAAUGGUUGUUGAGGUCAAAGGUUCAUCACCUAUUGAGGUAUUUUGGGUUCACAACAACAAUGAUAUUCCAUCUAAAGAUCCAAUCUUUGAGCAGGUUAUGUAUACUGAAAAUGAUGGCCUUAGCUACAUACACAAACUGCUUAUCAGUGAAGUGUUACCUGAAGAUGCUGGAGAGUAUGUUUGUGAGGCAUACAAUCAUUAUGGUGAUACUGAUACCUUCUGCAGGUUGACAAUUACAGGUGAUAAGCAAGAAAAGGAAACCUUGAAUGAUGAAAAUAAUGUACAAGUAAAGGCUCCAGAAAUUUUGUCUGUUACUCCCAGUGACUUGUCUGUCAAAUCAGGAGAAGCUGCAAUGUUUACUGUGUCCCACACAGGAGACGCAGAUGUAAAAUGGUUCCGAGGACGUAAAGAAGUUGAACCAGAUGAUCGCCUUAUAAUAAACAAUAAUUGUGGCAUUGGUUACUUCACAAUCCAGAACACAUUACCCACAGACCAGGGAGCCUAUAAUGUUGUUGUGAACAACAAACAGGGUAACGACAGUACCAUUGUCAGGUUGCAUGUGGAAGAUACUUCUAUAUUCGAUGGAAGAGAUGUAAAAAUUUCAACAGAAAAUUUCGAAGGCUUUUACAUCCUUCAAGACAUAGUUGGCAAAGGGAGGUUUGGUACUGUGCACAAAUGCAUUGAGAAAUCGUCCAAUCGAUUGUGGGCUGCCAAAAUAAUUAAAUGCAAAGAGAAGCAGAAACCAGACGUGAGAAAUGAAAUUGACAUCAUGAAUGGAUUGACACAUGACAAAUUGCUUCGAUUAUGGGAUGCUUAUGAAUCUCCCACAGGAUUUGUGAUUGUCACUGAAUUUGUGUGUGGUGGUGAAUUGUUUGAAAGAAUUGUUGAUGAUGAUUUUGUCCUCACAGAAUCAGACUGUGCUCAUUUCAUGCAUCAGAUCUGUGAGGGUGUCUGCUACCUCCACGGCAAGAACAUUAUCCACUUGGAUCUGAAACCAGAAAACAUUUUGUGCAUUGCAAAGAGCAACAACUUGAUCAAAAUCAUUGACUUUGGCUUAGCACGACGCCUCAAACCUGGAGAGAGUAUCAAAGUUCUGUUUGGCACACCAGACUUCAUUGCUCCUGAAGUAGUCAAUUAUGAUGAAAUCAGUCAUGCUACCGACCUCUGGAGUUUGGGGGUUAUUUGUUAUGUGCUAUUGUCUGGUUGGGCCCCAUUUACUGGAGAAACAGAUGCUGAAACUUUUGUCAAUGUGACACAAGCGCAAUAUGAUUUUGAUGAAGAUAUUUUUGAAGAUAUUUCUGAGGCUGCUAAAGACUUCAUUCAAAAACUGCUUGUCAAAAACAAAGAGGCUGAUUCCUCCUUCCUUCUUCUCUCCUUCCUUCUUCUCUCCUUCCUUCUUUCCUUCUUCCCUCUUUUCUUCCUUCUUCCCUCUUUUCUUCCUUCUUCCCUCUUUUCUUCCUUCUUCCCCUUUUCUUCUUCUCUCCUUUUUCUUCUCCUUUUCUUUCUUUCUUCUCUCUUCCUCUUUCUUCCUUUCUUCCUCUUUUCUUCCUUUCUUCUCUCUUUCUUCCCUUUCUUCUUCUUUUCUUCCUUUCUUCCCUCUUUUCUUCCUUUCUUCUCUCUUUUCUUCCUUUCUUCUCUCUUUUCUUCCUUUCUUCUCUCUUUUCUUCCUUUCUUCUCUCUUUUCUUCCUUUCUUCUCUCUUUUCUUCCUUUCUUCUCUCUUUUCUUCCUUUCUUCUCUCUUUUCUUCUCUCUUCCCUCUUUUCUUCUCUCUUCCCUCUUCUCUCUUCCCUCUUUUCUUCUCUCUUCCUCUUUCUUCUUCUCCCUCUUUUCUUCUCUCUUCCCUCUUUUCUUCUCUCUUUUCUUCUCUCUUCCCUCUUUUCUUCCCUCUUUUCUUCUCUCUUUCCCUCUUUUCUUCUCUCUUCCCUCUUUUCUUCUCUCUUCCCUCUUUUCUUCUCUCUUCCCUCUUUUCUUCUUCCCAAUAAAAAUUGUCAGCAUUACAUUGAGGUUGAUAUGCUAUAAAUCUCAAUCAAUCAUUUCUUCUUUCUUCUUCAUUUCUUCUUUCUUCUUCAUUUCUUCUUUCUUCUUCAUUUCUUCUUUCUUCUCCAUUUGUUUUUUCUUCUUUCUUCUUCAUUUGUUUUUUCUUCUUUCUUCUUCAUUUGUUUUUUCUUCUUUCUUCUUCAUUUGUUUUUUCUUCUUUCUUCUUCAUUUGUUUUUUCUUCUUCUUUCUUCUUCAUUUGUUUUUUCUUCUUCUUUCUUCUUCAUUUGUUUUUUUUUCUUUCUUCUUCAUUUGUUUUUUUCUUCUUCUUUCUUCUUCAUUUGUUUUUUCUUCUUCUUUCUUCUUCAUUUGUUUUUUCUUCUUCUUUCUUCUUCAUUUGUUUUUUCUUCUUCUUUCUUCUUCAUUUGUUUUUUCUUCUUUUUCUUCUUCAUUUGUUUUUUCUUUUUUCUUCUUCAUUUGUUUUUUCUUCUUCUUUCUUCUUCAUUUGUUUUUUCUUCUUUCUUCUUCAUUUGUUUUUUUUUCUUUCUUCAUUUGUUUUUUUCUUCUUUUUCUUCAUUUGUUUUUUUCUUUCUUCUUCAUUUGUUUUUUUCUUCUUUCUUCUUCAUUUGUUUUUUCUUCUUUCUUCUUCAUUUCUUCUUCUUUCUUCAUUUGUUUUUUUCUUCUUCAUUUGUUUUUUUCUUCUUCAUUUGUUUUUUUCUUCUUUCUUCUUCAUUUGUUUUUUUUCUUCUUUCUUCUUCAUUUGUUUUUCUUCUUCUUCUUCUUCAUUUUUUUUUCUUCUUCUUUCUUCUUCAUUUUUUUUCUUCUUCUUUCUUCUUCAUUUUUUUUUUCUUCUUCUUUCUUCUUCAUUUGUUUUUUCUUCUUCUUUCUUCUUCAUUUGUUUUUUCUUCUUCUUUUUCUUCAUUUUUUUUUUCUUCUUCUUUCUUCUUUUUUUUUUUCUUUUUUUUUCUUCAUUUUUUUUUCUUCUUCAUUUGUUUUUUUUCUUCUUCUUCAUUUGUUUUUUUCUUCUUUCUUCUUCAUUUGUUUUUUUCUUCUUUCUUCUUCAUUUGUUUUUUUCUUCUUUCUUCUUCAUUUGUUUUUUUCUUCUUUCUUCUUCAUUUGUUUUUUCUUCUUUCUUUCUUCUUCUUUCUUCAUUUCUUCUUUCUUCAUUUCUUCUUUCUUCUUCAUUUCUUCUUCUUUCUUCUUCAUUUCUUCUUUCUUCUUCAUUUCUUCUUCUUUCUUCUUCAUUUCUUCUUCUUUCUUCUUCAUUUCUUCUUCUUUCUUCUUCUUUUUAAUCGUAUGUCAGUACAGGAAUGCUUGAAGCAUGAAUGGUUGGCAUUAGACACAAUUGAUGGUCAAGUCAUGAAGCGAUUGAGCACUGAUAAACUGAAGACAUUCAUUGCCAGACGCAAAUGGCAGGUACCCGCUCCUCCACCCUCUCUCCAAUCAAAUGGAGGGAGGCCUUCAGGAAAGGCAUUUGUGAAUGGGGGGCCUGAUUACCAGCAUCAUUCUCAUCACCACAAAGUGCAGACCCCUCACAGCAAUGGACAGGUUCCAUGGAAGGUAUUAAUGGUCGAGGUCACUCUCUUGGCUGCAUUCACUAUCACCUCCUCUACUUGCUGCUGCUGCUGCCGCCUUCAGCUUGCACAGACCUUGCUCUCAUCUAUUCACUCAUCAGCUUCACAUAAUCUGUCUUUCUUUCUUCUUUCUGUCUUUCUGUCUGUCUGUCUGUCUUUCUUUCUGUCUGUCUUUCUUUCUGUCUGUCUUUCUGUCUUUCUGUCUUUCUUUCUGUCUGUCUUUCUGUCUGUCUGUCUUUCUGUCUGUCUGUCUUUCUGUCUGUCUGUCUUUCUGUCUGUCUGUCUGUCUGUCUGUCUGUCUUUCUUUCUGUCUUUCUGUCUGUCUGUCUGUCUGUCUUUCUGUCUGUCUGUCUUUCUGUCUGUCUGUCUUUCUGUCUGUCUUUCUUUCUGUCUGUCUUUCUUUCUGUCUGUCUUUCUGUCUGUCUUUCUUUCUUUCUGCUGUCUUUCUUUCUUUCUGCUGUCUUUCUUUCUUUCUGCUGUCUUUCUUUCUCCUUUCUCCUUUUUCUUUUCUUUCUUUUCUUUUUUUCUUUUUUCUUUCUCCUUUCUUUUCUUUCUUUUCUUUCUUUUUUUCUUUCUCCUUUCUUUUUCUUUCUCCUUUCUUUUUCUUUCUCCUUUCUUUUUCUUUCUCCUUUCUUUUUCUUUCUCCUUUCUUUUUCUUUCUCCUUUCUUUUUCUUUCUCCUUUCUUCUUCUUUCUCCUUUCUUCUUCUUUCUCCUUUCUUCUUCUUUCUCCUUUCUUCUUCUUUCUCCUUUCUUCUUCUUUCUCCUUUCUUCUUCUUUCUUCUUUCUUCUUCUUUCUUCUUUUUUCUUUCUUUUCUUUCUUCUUCUUUCUUCUUUUUUCUUUCUUUUCUUUCUUUCUUAUUGUGGGUUGUGCUACAAAUUUUAAAGACUAUUGCCCCCUCCCCCUUUUCUUCUCUCUCUCUUUAG